AUGCGAUACCCGGAUUGGCGGGAGAAGGUCAUGACAUUGACCUACGACAAUCGCGGCGAUGUUGAAGCCUUCGUCAAGUAUUGCAAGGAGCGGCGAGGGGCAAAGAUCACCACCAAGUCCACGCUUGAGAGAUAUCUCAUCCAACUCUGGGCUGUCCACAAGAAGUACACCAAUCUCACCAUCGACUCUCGACUCCCAACCCACAUGCUCGAGUACAUUGCCCACGUCACGCGACGCAAGCACCACCUGAGAACCGAGCCCAAAGUCAAGAACCACAUCGGCCCCGAUGCACACAUCUACCUCUCCCAUUUUCGCUGGGUGCGGGACUGGAAGAACGUCUUCAAGAUCGGGUUGGACCGCCUUGACGAUGCGACGCUUCGACACUUCCAGAUGUUCACGGGCGCUCGGCCACACGAGUUCGCCCAUGCAAGGAUUGCGAACGACGACGCCAUCAAGAAAGAAUACAACGAUGAGCUGGAUGCCUUCACCGACACGGACGAGGAGGGCGACUUCGUGCCGCCACGAGGGCCUUGUUGGAAAGUGUUGUGCUGGGAGGAUAUCAAGCUGUGGAUCAUCCGAGACCCCUUCGAAGACGGCGGCAGAGAUCGACUCGUCAUGACGGUUCUUUUCCGGUUCCACAAGGGACACGAGAAGGAGCAGCGGCCGACCACGUUCAUUUUCAUCGAAGAAGACCUUCCCCUCCUUUGCCCUGUCUCCCAUCUCCUCGCCAAGGCCCUGGCAGAAGGCGUGGUCGCCCACGACGGCUAUUCGCGGGCCGAGCCCUUCUUCCGCACCAAGCUCUCGGUGCCCGGCGUACAGAUCAGGUGGAAGCAAGAGUUCAUGCAUACCCCGGUCUUUCGACAGACCAUCAAGUGCCCGGAAGGCUAUACGAAGAGCGACCAGCCUUUGCGCAAAGACCAGCUCGAUAACAACACGAGGAAUCUCGGUCGAGCUGCUGGUCUCAUUGACAAUCUCACCAACUAUGACUACCGGCGAGGAAACCUCGAAGCCAUUGACUGUAAGGCCCUGCAGGCCGCCGGAAAUUGCCGCUCAACGGUACGGAGGCAAGUCGCGCGCCACAAGGAUGACGGCACCUUCCAGGACUUCUACAACAACUCCAGGACCAACGUGGUGACCCAAGACGCAUUCCUUGGUCGCGGCACCAGAUCUCCCUACCUCGCCAUCUUCAACCAGCUUGGGCUCCAGAUCGAUGAAGAGGCGCCGACGACCGUGACGGACGAGAUGAUGCGAUUUAUUGGCCCGGGCACCAAGGUCUCUCGCCUGGACGAAAAGGUGGCCACGUUGCGGACAUCUCUUGAGCAGAAGUACGGCCGAGCAAGCCUGGCGACUGGUCAAGACAAAACCGAGUACGAAGGCUUGCUGCAGCAGCGGAGGACUGCCGCUCAGAAGCACAAGAGGAAGGUGGUUGUCAGCUGUCGGCGCCGCUGUCACCUUCAAACUGCCAGAACGGAGACGUGUUGCCGCGCUUCUAGGCGACUUGGACACAGACAUGCCCGAAGACGAGUUAGUCCAGCGGAAGAUCGACGCCAUCGACGCUUGGGUGGCUUUGGCUUGGAAGGUCGAGGUCAAAGAAUCGCAGCCAGAGCCGGUUAA